AUGGCGACAAAAGUACCAGUCUUUCCCACGGCGGAAGAGACAAUGAGGCAUCCCUCAUACUCCUCAACAAUAUGGAACCUCGAACCCGAUCGCAAGGGAAAAUGUCCCGUCGCCAAGGACCGAGGCGGCCCCUUCAACAUCGCCUGGGAAAUCCACGGCCACGGCCCCUCAAAGAUCAUAUUCAUAAUGGGCCUGGCAGGCCUCAAAACCUCAUGGCAGCGCCAAACAAAAUACUUUGGCCACGACAACGCCUCCAAAUACUCCGUCCUCAUCCUCGACAACCGCGGCAUGGGCGAGUCCGACGUCCCCUACAUCCGCUACUCCACCUCCGAAAUGGCCCACGACGCCCUCGAAGUCCUCACCCACGUAGGCUGGACCGCCUCCCGCUCCGUCCACCUCUUUGGCAUCUCCAUGGGCGGCAUGAUCUCCCAAGAACUCGCCUUCGCCGCCCCUAACCUCUUCGCCUCCGUGACGUUGCUCUGCACGGCCCCCUGGAUCGAAAACACGAAAUCUCUCCUCGAAAACAUGCGCGACCGCGCCGCCAUGCUCGUCCCCAAAUCGGCGGACCGGAGUAUCGCGGAUACCUCGCUCAAGCUCUUCCCCGCCGACUGGCUCGUCAUGCCCGACGAGGCGGCCGAGCUGCCCAACGACGCGACGUACAAGUGUGGCCCGGCGGACGGCGGGCAGGGGUACGGUCGGUUCGAGAGUAAUUUCCAGCGGUUCCAGGCGCAGGAGCUGAUCAAGAGGAACACGCCUGGGUUAUUCAGUAUCCGUGGUUUUCUGCAGCAGCUCGUUGCGGCGGGGUGGCAUCACAAGUCGCCCGCCCAACUAAAACAGCUCGCGGACCAGGUCGGCAGGGAGCGCAUCGCCGUCAUUCACGGGCUAGGCGAUGUCAUGAUUGACUCGCAUCACGGGAGGUUACUGGCCGAGCAUCUGCAGCCGGGUGUCGUAGAGUUCGUGGAGGGCAUGGGGCAUGCACCCAUUAUGGAUAGGGUGCCGUGGAUGAACAAGUGGUUGGAGGAAAGGAUCGCAACGGUGGAAAAGAUGAGUGCUUAG